UAAGUAGGUACCUACAUAGGCAUUAGUCGCCGUGAAGAUACAAUACAUCCAUGGAUAUACCUAUAAAUUAAACUCUCCCCCAAAUUCUUAUCCGAGGAUCCCUACCUACCUACCUACCUACCCAAAGCCCAACCCCGAACCGUACAGGGACGCCCACCAUCUGCUUCCGUUUCUCCCCGCUUUAAGUCUAACCGCUUCACUCUUCAUCUUCAUAUUCAUGUUCAUACCUAUAAAACUGCCUACCUCCAGGGCUACCUACCAACCUACCUACCAAUCUACAUACUAGUACUAGAUAAUCUACUUUCACUUUUACUUGUGCCAGUUGAGACAGGCACAUAAGUGUCAGGACUUUGUCUCUUGUCUCCCUAGUCCAACUAUCUAUCUGCUUUGUUAGAUGUUAUAGGAUGUGUUCGUCAUCUAUAACUCAGCCACCAUGUUGACCCGCGUCAUCUGUCAAACCAUGCCUGGAGCGCGGCCUCUCCAAACCAGAACCUCGGCCUCAAACAUCCUACACCCUACAAAUGUUUCUUUGUUGACACUGGGCCAUCGUCAACAGACCCGCGCCUUUCGUUUUGGCAUGUGGCCUUCCCUUUUUAACCCCGAACCAGAAAAAGAACCCCGACACCGUCAUCGAGUGCCCAAACGCGAGGAUGUCGAUGCUCUCAAUAGGAGACUUUCGUGGGAUCGACUCACAGUUGAAGAACAUCCAAGAGUCAUUUUGAAGCGUAUGCUUCGCAGAUAUUACAUUUCGCGCUUCAUAAACUCUGAUGAGUUUAAUGGCCAACACCGACGCACUGGACCAGCUCCAGAUGCCAGAGAUGAGCGCAUGAAGAUGAAGAUGAAGAUGUCAUGGGGUGAUAACCCCUUUGGCUUUUGGGUUGGAAGUAGAAGCUUAUGGUGGAAAGCCCAGCCGGAAGAACCAACGGAUCAUUGGGCUGAGAAGUCAUCAGACCGCACAAGUCAAGUGGAUCCUGAGAAAUCACCUAAGACCUCAUCAGUGCCCAACAAGAAAUCCGAGUGGAGAGAUCAUGGCUAUGAAGCCAAUAUAUCUUUUGCAGAGGAUUAUGUGAUUGACCCUAUUACAAAUCGUAAGGUCAUAGCUCAGUCAAAGACCACGGGCUCCCCUUCAGAUAGCCCGUUGAAUGACCCUUUGGGUGAUUCCAAUAGGUCUUACGGGUCCCAUCUCACGGCAUCCAAACUUCCUAAGGAUGAUAGAAAUCUGCCCCCUGUUUACUCGAAUGGGCCACCACCUCCAGCAGAGCUCGAAAAAUACGGCCAGGUCGAUUUAUACCCCGCAUCAUUAGAUGGUGUCAAUGAUCACGGAAUGCCACCUAGUGGCAGUACAGGCUCUCCACAACAACCUAUCCUACAAAGCGAAGAAUACGCCCUCAACCACCUUCCACCGGAGGAGUCAGUCGAACGAUACGAUGACCUUCACAAAUACAAGCCGGAUAAAUACGACGAAUUUCACCAACAGGUUCCAGGGCCAGAAGACAAGAAAUACGCUGAUCUCGAUAAGUACGAUACCUAUGGAGCUAGGGAGGCCGCGAACGCUGGUACGGAAAUGCCCCAGAACGGCGAUGAAUUGCCCAAGUACAAACCGUAUAUGUACAAUGAAAAUUUACAUGCUGAAAAUCAGAGAACACAAUAUGAAGACCUGGACCAGUACGGGCCAUACAAAUAUCAAGAAGACGUGAAAAAGAAGGACGACUCCUGUCCAGAAUAUGAUGACCUUGACAAAUAUGAACAUUAUGACGACAAUGGCAAGCCUGCGGAUGAUUCGGUGCAAAAAUACCAAGACUUGGACAACUAUAGUCCGGAUAGCUUUCAAGACUCCAUUAAGGAGGAGCUGCCUUCUCAACAAUAUGAAGAUCUUGACAAGUAUGGAGCUUUCGAAGACCAAGAACUUGAUGACAAACCUACUCUUGAGCGAGAUAUUGUCGCGGAGUCUCUAAGAGAGUUCGAUAUCAAAGAGCAUGAAUCAAAUGAAGAUGGCGACCCGAGGCCAAGCAUCACUGAUAGAAGGCAAAACUUGAAUCGCAACGAGACACAUAUUUCUCAUACCAGCACGCCCCACUUAUCCCCGUUCUCUUGCCGAACCCCCUCGGUCCCAGAUACCACGGAAUUUCGAGAGAAAUUAGAACAUUCUUUUGCUGAGAUUAGUGAGGCGUCUGACGAAGUAGAUCGGAUAGCCAAGGCCCACGUCAAGAGCUUUCGCAUAAAUUCCCAGGACGAGAACCAAGCGAAUCAAUCUACUUUAGCUGGUAGUCAUAUUAAAGGAGAUAAGGGACAAACCAAACCAAAGCUGGAACCAGCCCUCGAUCGGCAAGGUACAAGAUCUAAGAGUACGUGCAACAAUCUCUCUAACACGCAGGCCGAGAUCGACCCGUACUCCAAAGAGCCACAGGGAUUAGAGACGUCGUAUGCUAAAGAAAAUGAUGGGGAGCAUACGCCACUAACAUUCACUAAGAUGUAUAGCGGUAAACCGAGUGAAGAGGCUUCCAACUCCCAAUUAGCGAAGGAAGAUAAUAGUCCCACCACCCCUCCAUUUAAGUUACUGUAUCAUAGGGACCCAGAGGUUGAUGGACCACCAGCAGUCUCCCCGUUCCCCUCAGACACCAAGGCUGAGCAAAGCCAGACUUUGUACAAGAUCUUAGCCUACAACCGGACCUUGGAAAAGGUUGACACUGUCGAGACUACGUCGGUCGUACCCGAUCAUGCUUCUCCGUUGACACCAGCUGAAGUAUUGCUCCGGCUAUCAAACCCAACAAAAUUCUUCCCCUAUUUCGCCUCCUUACAGGCCGAAGGUUUUGAAAUCGUGUCGGGUGGCGGAGAUGUAUUAGUUUUCCGACAGAUUCGGACCGGGAAAGCUGGGAAUCAAGAGAGUGCAAGGCCGAUAAAUCCUAUCGAUAUGAUGGGUAAACCGACAGCAUUGCCAAAUGCAGCAGCGUUCGUUUCGCCAACGGGAUUUGUCAAUUAUGACAUGCCGCGGGUGGAAGAAGAAGUGCAGGCGCCUCCUUUCCGCUCCAACAUCGAUGUCAGAAGAGAGGAGCCCGUUUUCAGCGGGCCUAAGUCAACGUCCCGCGAGGGAAAGAAAGGCGGUAAGGAAAAGAGCGUCGGGAAACGAGUUCUAGUUGGCGGCGUAUGGGUUGCUGGUAUCUCAUAUGCCCUUGGCGUUGUCAGCGAGUACUUCAUAACAGGUGGUGCUGAUGGUCAAGGCCCGAAGGGAUUUUGAUGCGCGCUGUUUUAUCUAAGUGCUUAAGUUUUGCGCGAUGAGACUUUUCAGACACGGUUCGGAAUUGCGUGACAUUGUAAGGAUGCUGGGAUAUUGGGACUUUAUAUGGUAGGGAUUAUUAUAACGGGAGGUGUGGCGUUUGCUUCGUCGGCGGAUUUUGGGGGUUUGGAGGGUUGGAAAUGGAUCACUCAAUAGGUUUACUGGAAGACAUCCCCAAUCGUUCAUCUUGGUAAUUCAUCAAUACUUUGUACAGUAUCUUUCCACCAUCCUCUUAUUUACUAGGUAUGGUUACCGAGGUUCAGUAUUCGAUCGUUGGCAUCUAUGGGAAUGUUCUAUUUAGUCUUGGCCUUUGAAGCUAUGUCGACUGAAAGGAGUUUAGGUAACAUGGUACCUAGGUCAACUGGUACUGAACAAUUACAUAAAAACAUGGCGUUUUAUAAAAGUAUAUAAAGCAACGAUAGCUCCAAAGUUCCCUAGUUGCUAAUAUGUUUACUCAACUGAAUU